AUGCGGCAUAGGUACCCGCUGUGCUCCGAUCUGCCCGACAAGGCGUGGCUACGCAAGGGCGCGACGUACCGCUACCUCGGCACGCGGCCUGCACCGUUCGGCUUCUCCGAGCCCACCUACUCCCGAAGAGAUCCCCCGUUGUUUAACCAGUGGAUUCACUGGUGGAUCGGCGACCAACCCGACACGAUCCUCACGCCGGACGCGACGCACUCGCAACUGUUUGACGCGCUAUGCGCGCGCGGCUCCGACGGGGCGUGCACCUUUCCGAUAGAGGUGGACCUGUCCCAGCACCUUGCUUGCCACGACGCACCGACGAUUUCGUUUACCGAGUACAACCCGCACAACCAACCCGUUGUCAUGAAUCGCUCAAACGAGUGCGAGAUCGAGGAGCCGCGCGUCGUCCGCAUCGUCGACCCCUCGAGCGGCACAGUUGCGUUCUACGAGUACGAGCGGCCGGCGUGCACCGAGCUUACCUUCUUCAACGACGGGAGGCAGGUGCAGCGCGGGGACUCUUUGCUGUGCUCCGACCCGGCGACGAUUGGCGCGGCCGCUUCUUGUUGCCAACAUCGGCUUAAUUUGGCGGGUCAUGUACCGGCGUCCAACAACGGCUACGCGGAAUGCCAGUUCAUCGGGGAGCGCGUCAAGUACUCGACCGCCGUCGAGAGGUGUGCGACGCUCGGUCCAAACAACGACUACAUUAAAGCCGACCCGCAGGUGUGCGAUAUAACGGUGUAUAACUCCCACAAGGGCAUCACUCCCGGCGAGGACUGCACCCGAGGCAAUGCAAGCUGCUGCACCCCCGGCGUUGGCUGCACUUCGAUCCGCGGGGUGAGCUACUGCGGCGGCAAGGCCUACGAGAACUGGCUCGGCACGCCGUGCGAGCUGCAGAUACAGGUGCACCCGGCGCACGGCGAGAUCUCGACGCACGCGCCCGACGUGCUUGUAUUUCCGUACCAAGCGGGCGUCGGUUGCUCGGACCCGACCCAACUAUACGGCCUUGACUCGGGCAACACGUUUCGCGUGCACUGGGCGGGCGGCAGCUACCCCACACCACCAGAUUGCGCGGCCGCCUCCGCCUGCACAGUGCACAGCUCAGGCAUUGGCGUGUUCUCGUGCGUGUGCGCGGUGCACGUCGUCACGUCCGCCGUCUUCGACGCGAGCGACGGCGUGCCGAGCGCCGCCGACGUGGAGACAGCGCUGACGAUCGCCGCGCCGCCGCUCGAGAUGUACGACCCCGAUGAGUACCGGCUUUGCAACUCGACAGCAUGCACCGCGGCGGCACCCGACGUGCUCGUGUACCUACACAACACGAGCUUCGCGACGGGCGGCUUCAACGAGCAGACGGUCUUCCGGAUCGUCCUCAACGGCACGCGGCACGUCUACCUGCUCAACAGGCUGUCGACAGUAGAGGUGUCUGGCACGAAUUUCUCGUUCCGCAACCCGCCGCACUUCAUGCGCUGGGCAGAGCAGUCGACGCGCGACGCGCAGCACGAGACCGACGCGCUGAUCGACUCGCUCGUCUACCACCAAAACACGCCGGCCCACACGGCGACGCGGCUCAUACAGAAGCUGGUCACGUCCAACCCGUCGCCGCGGUACGUCAAGCGCGUCGCCGACGCAUUCCACACCGGCACGUGCGCCGGCCACGUGUACUCCGGCUCGUAUGGCGACCUGGGCGCGACGGUCGCGUGCGCCCUCCUCGACCGCGAGGCACGGUCGACGACGCUCGACGCCUCUCCGACACACGGCCACCUGCGCGAGCCCUUCUUGCAAGUGAUGAACGUGCUGCGCUCGCUCGAGUUCGCCUCGAAGGACGGUCGGCAGGUGCAGCUCCUCAACUUGGACCAGAUCGGGCAGGAGCCCUUCCGGGCGGCUUCCGUCUUCAGCUUCUACUCGCCCGAGUAUCGCGCGCCUGGUGCUGUCGCGCAGUCGCGGCAGCUGUCACCGGAGGCGGAGGUGACCGCACAGGGCGACUACUACAUCGCGAAGCUCAACGGCCUCUUCUCGCUCGUCGAGUACGGGCUCUCCGCGUGCAAGGGCGGCUUCGGCCUCCCGAUGACUUAUCACAGCGACGACCAGUGCGACCGGUACAAGGGUUCAACCUACGCGGUCGACCACGCGGGGCAGCUCUCGUGGCGCCCGAGCUCGACGCACGGCCCCGAUGUGCUCGACGAGCUAGCCCUGCUGCUCACGGGGGGCAGGCUGGGUGCGAACACUCGCGCGGUCGUCCUCAGCGCUUACGAGCAGGAAGCGUCGGCGAGGGGGCACACUUCUGCGCUCAAGCUGGCUGAGAAGCUCGUGCUCGCCUCCGCCGAGUUCCACGCUACCAACGCCAACGCCCUGCCGCCGCUCCCCCCGUCGCCCCCGUCGCCCCCGUCGCUACCGCCAUCAGACCCAGCACCGUCCUCGCCGCCAACAACACCGCCCACAUCGCCGCAACCGCCUCUUCAGCCCGCAUGGGUGCAGUCGAAUCUCGGCGCUGGGAGCAAUGAUGAAGAGCCAGAAUGUCCAGGUGGCUACGAACGGAUCACCUCCGAAGAAGAGUGCCAAGAAGCUGCCGAGGCCUUGAACGGGCCUGAUUGGUUCCACAGCGCUCGUUCGUGGACCGACUGGCCUCAGGCGUGCUUCAUCACCCCAGGGGGGGGUGGGAGAGUCUUCUUCAACGAGAUCCUGGACGAAAGUGCCAUUGACUGUGACUCCGGCAGACAUUGCAGAGCGGCCGACACCAUCUGCAAGCGAGCGCUACCGCCACCCCCCCCAUUGCCACCGGCCGCACCUUCCCCGCCGCCCGCACCGCCUCCCGGCGGCGACGAUUACAAGGCAGUCAUCGUGAUCCAACUCUUCGGCGGCCUCGACUCGUUCAACAUGCUUGUGCCGCACUCCCUCUGCGACGCGGCCGCCGGUGGAUACGCAGAGUACCUCCAGGCGCGCGGAGGCCUGUUCACUGGCAGGGAAGACAGCGGCGUUGCGCUCAGGCAGGACACCCUCCAACAGAUCGCCGCGGGUGCGAGCUCGAAGCCGCAGCCGUGCGACGUGAUGGGGCUGCACCCGAAGCUAGUGAAGACGAAGGCGAUGUACGAGAGCGGAGACGCCGCGAUCUACGCCAACAUCGGAGCACUCAUCGAGCACCUUACGCCCGACGAGUUCUUCGGCGGGGACGGGAGGAAGGAGGUCCCCGACGCACUCUUCUCGCACAACGUGCAGGAUCGCUUCAUGCAGACGCUCUCCAACAACCAGUUCGAGCCGGGCAUACUUGGGAAGGUAAUGCGCGCGCUCGACGCCCCGGCGUGCGACGCGUAUGGCAGCACGAGCGCCGGCAGCGCCCGCACGUCGUACAAGACCGGGCUGUACGCCAUGCACUCGGGCGCGGCACGAGCACUCGAAGGAGGGCCCGGCCUCCCUCUCUCUAUCGACUCGAGGCGAGGCGACAUCCGCCGGCUUUCGGAGUACGAGCAGCUCUGGCCCCACAUCGAGAAUCUGACGGCCGCGCCCUCGCGCUCGGUCUUCGCCGAGACGCACUCGCGCGUGCUGGGGCGGGCGAUCCAGGACGCGGAGACACUCGGCGAUGCGAUCGACGCGGCAGCAACGACGACGACCUUCAACGACUGCUGCGACGGCGGCAGUUGCGGCUGCUCGUUUGCGAUGGCGCUGCGCACCAUCGCGCGGGUCAUCAAGACGCGCAGCGCGACGGGCGUGCAGCGCGCGGCCUUCUGGAUGGGGACGAGGGGCCUCGACGCGCACGCGUCGAUGGACUCUCCAGGCGACGGCAUAACGUCGAUGAUCGACAACGCGGUCGACGACUUCCGCAAGGAAAUGGUGGAGCAGGGGCUGUGGGACAAGGUUACAGUCAUCACCCUCUCCGAGUUCGGCAGGACGAUCAUCGGUAACGGGCGGGGGACGACGCACGCGUGGGGCGGGAACCAAUUGAUGUUUGGCGGUGCGGUCAACGGCAGCCGGAUCUUAGGGCAAUACCCGUCGAAGCUCGGCCCCGACGGCGAUCGCACGCGCAACGACCGCGGCACGAUCGUCCCGACCGAGCCGUGGGAGAGUAUGUGGCAGCCGAUCGCGCAGUGGAUGGGGGUCGCGCCGUGCGAUCUGCCCAAGGUGAUGCCAAACCUGCCCAACUUCCCAGACGCGGGAGAGGGGCGAGUGCUGAGGGUGGAAGAUGUGUACGAGGCGGGAGCAGUGGCUUAG